AGCUUGACAGCAGUGUGAUCGGUCGAGGGAGAAGCAGCUGUUCAUUGUGGCAAGGAUUGAGUUUACAGUUUGUACUGUUAUAUAAUUUCGUUUUUCGCUGGUGUAUCUUGGUGGCGUUAUUCUCCUGUCGUUGAUUGCUAGCCGUUCAAACCCGGAAUGGCCGAACCGACCGCCAGAUAUCAGCAGCUGCCGAACGAGGAAGACCCAGAAGAGAAUCCACAGGUAGCAGCGGAUGCUCCACCCCCGUACAGCAGCAUCACAGCUGACAAUGCUGCCUAUUUUGACUACAAGGAAGACGGUGCUUUCCCCAAGCCUCCAUCAUACAACGUGGCAACGACGCUACCUUCCUAUGAUGAAGCAGAAAGAACCAAAGCUGAGACCACUGUUCCCCUGGUAACAGGAAGACAGCAGCCUCAGCACAGGGAACGCCUGGAGACUUUUGACGAUGUAAUUCGCAGUUCACUGGAGGAUGAAGACUUUGUGACCAGAGAUGACUUUGAAGAUGCUGAUCAGCUGAGGAUAGGAAAUGAUGGCAUCUUUAUGCUCACUUUCUUCAUGGCAUUCCUCUUCAACUGGAUCGGUUUCUUCCUGUCUUUCUGUCUGACCACCUCCGCAGCUGGCCGCUAUGGGGCCAUCUCAGGCUUUGGCCUCUCCCUCAUCAAAUGGAUCCUCAUAGUCCGGUUCUCCACAUACUUCCCUGGUUACUUUGAUGGACAGUACUGGCUGUGGUGGGUGUUUCUGGUGUUUGGCAUUUUGCUCUUCCUGCGAGGGUUCAUCAACUACGCCAGAAUCCGCAAGAUGGCUGACACCUUCUCCACCCUGCCCCGCACCCGAGUCCUCUUCAUCUACUGAGCUGGCAAACCCUCAUUCUCCAUCAUCUCUUUUUUUUUCUCUCUUUCAAUGAGGCAUACUGUCUGGCUUUAUUCAAUCAAAACAGGGGAAAGGAACAUUUUUUUCCUCUGCUUGACAUGAUUUGGACAAUAUGUCUAUAGUCCCCUUUUGGUGUAAAACAGUAUACACUGAGAAAUCUGUAAAACCCUUCAGUUGUUAGUGGUGAACUGUCAAGUGCUAUUUGCAAUUAUGAAGUGUGUGAUGUAUAAAUUAAUGCCUUAUUUACUAUUUUACUAUCUGUUGGUAGCAGCAGCAUGCACUGUCCCCCUGUUUAGCCACCAGGGGGCAGGCUUGUUUGUAUUAUUUUUUUCCACCGAUCUUCAACCUGAUGAAGUCAUUUGUCUAGAAAACUGAUUCUCAGUGCAGGGGCCAGUGGGCAAUUUUGGGGUCAUGGGUUGAUUUACAUUUACACUUACACGAUGUGAAAUGAUAUAUUUCAAGAAUCACUUAAAUGUGUUUUUAACCUUUUUGACCAAUACUUUUUGUUCCUUGUGAAAUAGUAUAUAAUUCAGGUAAUACAAGGCUGAAAAGGGAAAAUCAUUAGCUUUUUUUUUGGGUUCAGGGGCUAAAAAGGUUGACGAUCAGUUGUAAAGAAGAUCAGGGGCCAGGUUUUCCCCCAAAGCAUCUUUUCCUUGUGUGUUUAAGAUUUGUCUAUGCACUCACUGUAAUCAGGAAUGUUCUCUCCUUAUUUACCAUACACGCAUUUCAGCAGAGGCUUAAAAGGUCCAGUGAUGCCCAGGGUAUCCAGGAGCGGAGCUUCUGGGGCAGGCUGAGGGUCACUGCCUUGCUCAAGGGCACAGUGAUGGGGGUGGAAUAAGCUGCUACUCUGUCACUGGAUUCACAUGUGUAAACGGACAGUUUUGGUCAAAUAAAAGAUUCCAACGCCCUAUCUUAGUCACUGGCACCCCACUGGUUUCCAAUGAGGAAAUGGAAUGAUUGUGUCGCCAGAUGUGAUUUGGAAACCCUGCCCUGUGAAGAACAAGGAAUAUAUUAAUUCAGAGCAGAGACUUUUCUUUCACGUAACUAUGAAAUAUUAAGAGUCAUUGUUUUUAUUUACCCUCAUUCUAGUGUAAGUGGAAUGAUUAUUUUUAUUGCAAGAAUUUUAAGUAUCUGGCUUGGAAAAUGUUUGGAAUUAAAUUGUAAGAGAACAUUUUGGUGCUGAGCUAUCUAUCAAAAAAAUAAUAUGGAAAAUAUAACCUGACACGACGGCCAUUUUUAGUUAUGCUUGUUAUUCAGGUAGUAGGAUGCCACUUCCUCCCUCUAUUAUAUAGACUGAUCGUUUAAGAUGUAUUGAACAAAUUAAUUUACAUACAAACAUUUCAGUCCGGGUGUUCCAGAGUGGUUUUACUUCCAAAACGCCUGAAUAGGAGAGUUGUAUCAUUGAGGUUGAGAAAUAAUGUUCUGUCAGUGGAUAAUAAAUAGUUUUUGGACUUUGA